AUAUGUAAUUGCUGUGAUGUGUGUGCCUAGGCUAGACAAACAAGGAAAGGUACCAUGUACAGAAUUAUCCGAAGUAAUUCUAGAAGAGACUUUAGGGGCAGCUUUCAACGCUAGAUAUAUGAGCAUAGACAUGCCUUCUUUAGAGGUGUCCAAGAACUUUAAAAGGAAAGUUGGAUAUGAUUUGGACUUUUAUGUGGACAGUGAGUAUGAAGACGAUUCUGACGAACAACCAGCUUGGAGUGUCACUAAUCAUGUAGAGGAAACUAAGAAUAUCUUUAGCAACAAUAGGUACAGGAGGGACAUGGAUUAUUUACAAGAAUGGCACUGCAAAUCACGAAUAAAAUGGACGGAUCUGGGCCCCGAUUAUUUCCCGAGGUAUCUGAGAUCAGUGGAGUGCUUGACGGAGAGCUGCUGGUUUAAUAUGUACAAGUGCCGGCCGAGAUCCUUCACCGUGAAAAUUUUAAAAAGGAAGCGAGAUAGGUGCGUGCCGUCCGCGCAGGGCCCCAGAACCGGCGCUUCCGGUCUACCUAGGGAGCUGAGGGAGCUGUGGGUGUGGGAGGAGAAGGCGGUUAACUUUUGCUGUGACUGCUCCCCGUAG